UGUUUCUUUUUAAUUUCCUUUUCUCUGAUCUUAUACAAGAAUACCCAAAAUGUCACUCACCGCCGGGAGCACGGCCGUCGGAGCUUCUAACGUCGGACGUCCAUUUGCUAAAUUGGUGUCUCGACCGCGGGAGAUAGUGGCCGUACGAUGUAGUCUCAACUAUGGCGUGGCUGCAAUCUUGACUAAGCUGCAGAAGGACUGUGCCACUCCUCUCCCAGUCUUGCGCCACGUGGCUGAUGCCAUGGCUGCCGACAUGCGAGCCGGGAUUUCCGUCGACGGCGGCAGUGAUCUGAAGAUGAUUCCCAGCUAUGUCGACACUCUACCAACUGGGAACGAGAGAGGAUUAUUUUAUGCAUUGGAUCUUGGUGGUACUAAUUUCCGGGUGUUGAGGGUGCAAUUGGGAGGGAAAGCAGAGGGCAUAAUCGCCACCAAGUUUGAGCAAGUGGCUAUACCACCGGAAUUGAUGUGUGGAACUUCCGAGGAGCUUUUCGAUUUCAUUGCCUCUGCAUUGGCGAAAUUUGCAGAAGAGGGAGGAAAGUUCCAUUUGCCACUCGGAAGGGCAAGGGAAAUAGGAUUUGCGUUUUCCUUCCCUGUGAGGCAGACUUCUAUUAACUCCGGUGUUCUAAUCAAAUGGACUAAGGGUUUUACUGUCUCUGGAACCGUGGGGGAAGAUGUGGUUGCUUGUUUAAAUGCAGCUAUGGAGAGGGCGGGAUUAGAUAUGCGUGUGUCUGCUCUGGUCAACGAUGCCGUGGCAACACUGGCUGCAACCCGAUACUGGGAUGAAGAUGUCGUGGUUGCUGUUAUUCUUGGAACCGGAACCAAUGCUUGCUACAUUGAACGCAUGGAUGCUAUUCCUAAACUGUCAGAACAGACGUCAAUAUCUGGGAUAAUGAUUGUGAGUACCGAGUGGGGAGCAUUUACGGGUUGCCUUCCUUUGACCGAGUUUGACAGAGAAAUGGAUGCAGAGAGCCUUAAUCCUCGUGAGCAGAUAUUCGAGAAGACAAUUUCGGGCAUGUACCUUGGAGAAAUUGUUAGAAGGGUACUGGUCAAAAUGAGCGAAGUUGGCUUAUUUGGAGGCUCUCUCCCGGAGAAAUUAUUCACGCCCUUUGCUCUCAGUACACCAGAUAUGUGUGCAAUGCAGCGGGAUACUUCCCGGGAUCUUGAAGGCGUUGGGUCAAUCCUCUACGAUGUUCUUGGGGUGAAUUCUGACUUGUGUGCGAGAAGGGUAACUGUGGAUGUUUGUGAGACUAUUGCGAAACGCGGUGGCCAACUGGCUGGUGCAGGAAUUGUCGGGAUUCUGCAGAAGAUGGAGGAGGAUUCUCGAGGUCUUAUAUUCGGGAAGAGGACAGUAGUAGUGGUAGAUGGAGGCUUAUAUGAGCAUUAUCCACAGUACAGAAGCUACCUCCAAGAAGCUAUCGUCGAGCUUCUGGGUUCAGAAAUUUCGAGAAAUUUAGUCAUACACCACUCGAAAGAUGGUUCUGGGAUUGGGGCUGCUCUCAUAGCUGCUGCAAACUGUAAGUAUGAACAUGACAGUUAAACCUUAAUUUUACUGCAAGAAAAGUUGCGAUUCUUGAAAUAGCUACACUUCCGCCAUGAAAGACAGCCAUGGAUUCUCAAUUCUCAGUUUUUCUUAUUGUAUAAUGCAGUAUGAAAAUAAUGAACAAUUGGUUCCUCUAUGAUGAA